AUGGCUACUGCUGCUGAAGAUGCCAUCGUAUUGGCACAACCAUUCACUCUGCCAUGUGGAGUUACAGUAAAGAACAGACUGGCCAAAGCUCCCAUGACUGAGAAUUUGGCCGAUCCACGUCUCAAUUUGCCCGACGAGAACGUCUUUCGAGUUUACAAACGAUGGGCGAAAGGAGGAUUAGGAAUGAUCAUUACAGGCAACGUACCAGUCGACCGAAAGCACAUGGAGGCCGCCCGUAACAUGGCUCUCGAAGCUCGCGACGAAAAACACCUGGACCUAUACAAGCAAUACGCAGAAGCCUGCAAACAAUACGGCUGUCUGGCAGUAAUGCAGAUAUCUCACGCAGGACGACAAACCCCCAAACCAGUCAACCCGACGCCUCUUGCACCUUCAAACAUUAAGCUUUCCGGAGCAUUUGGUCAAUUUGCUGCUACUCCACGUGCUAUGACAACCGAAGACAUUUACGAGACUCGAGGCAAAUUCAUUGUAACUGCUAAAUUGGCUCAGAAGGCUGGAUUUGAUGGUGUUCAAAUCCAUUCUGCACAUGGGUACUUGUUGAGUGAAUUUAUGAACCCUCUGGUCAACGUCGGAAGAACAGACCAAUACGGAGGCACCUUGGAAAACCGUAUGCGACUGUUAAAGGAAAUCGUAGCUGGUAUUCGUAACGCUUGUGGAUCGAAAUUCAUAAUCAGUGUCAAGCUCAACAGCUCUGACUUCCAAGCUGGUGGCGCAACUGAAGACGACAAUCUCGCCGUCCUGAAGAUGCUUGAAGCUGAAAAGGCAGACUUUGUUGAAGUAUCAGGUGGUAGCUACGAAAGUCCAGCAAUGAUGGGAAUCGGAGUGCGAGAAUCAACCGUUAAGCGAGAAGCCUACUUCUUGGACUUCGCAGAAAAGGCUCGAAAAGCAACCAAGAUCCCGUUAAUGGUAACGGGCGGUUUCAGAUCUCGAUCGGGAAUGGCUGGUGCAUUACGAGCCGGCGCAACUGAUUUCAUCGGGAUUGGACGACCUCUCUGUCUUCACCCAGAAAUGCCAAACGCGCUCAUCUCCCCAACUGAUUCUUCAGACUGGAAGGUGCCUGAGUCUGAAAUCGACUGGAGCAAAACUGCAGGCGAAUCGUUCUGGCAUUCCGGCCAGAUUAUUCGUAUGGCCGCUGGAUUAGAGCCUGAUCCUAAAAUGGAUACCAAGUUCUACAUGAACGUUUGGGCACCUCGUCAAUUAAUCUUCGAGCCUGCCACUUCAUUCCCAACUAACCUUAUCUGGAACCUGAUCUGGCCUGUAACGCAAGCGCAAGUCACGUUCCGCACCACAUUGGUUGGUGGCAUCGUCGCUGCGCUUGUAUACCGUCAUUACAACCAAGUAGAAAAUAGAAAUAUAAAUUCUGUAAUGUUUCAACAAACUGUGAUCAACAAUCCUGGUCAACAAUCCAAUAUUUUGUUUCAAUUUUCGUCAUCCCCUAGAAUUCAACACCAAAUGGCAUCUAUAAUAGGGAAGGCUCUGAGACCGAGACGACAGAUCGUGUCCAGCACUCGUACAAUCCAGCGAUCGCUAUGGACACUCGAACGCCAUUCCGAAGGCCUCCUCGUAGAUUUCCACACUCACAAACUCCCCACGCAAUCCAGCUUCCACUAUAAAUGGCUACGAGAUACAUGUCAGUGCCCUAAAUGUGUGCAUCCCGAUAAUCGCCAAAAACUACAUUCGUCAGGCGAUGUGGGUGCAGCUACGCCAUCCAAACUGGAGGUUAUGGAUGUACAUGGUGGUAGAACACUGGUUGUUGAUGGUGGUGAGCAACAGAUCAGUGUGAAAGACGAUGACGCCAAACUCGUUAUUACGUGGAAUGCAAACUCGUUACGGCAGGAUGCUGGUCAUGAAUCUGUAUUCCCGAUAUCCUUCUUGAGGAAAUACAAGGACGCUGUCAUUGCAACACCAAAGACACAUCCCUUCGCAACACACACAUGGACAUCCUCACAAUACACGAAUGCACCAAACACAUUUAUACCAUAUACCUCUGUCAUGAAUACAGAUCAAGGACUGUGGCAAGCGCUGGACACGAUACGUAAAUAUGGACUUGUCUUUAUCCAGGGUUUGCCAGAUCAGGAUUUGGCAGUUGAAUCGCUGGCUGAAAAGUUUGGAUGUAUACGACGCACUUUCUAUGGCAAGAGUUGGGAUGUCAAGAGUAUUCCGCAGGCUAGGAAUAUCGCGUAUACGAGUUUGUAUUUGGGGCUGCAUAUGGAUUUGUUAUAUUUCGAAGCCCCACCGGGCCUCCAAUUCCUGCACUGUCUAAAGAACUCUGUUCAGGGAGGCACAUCGAUCUUUGUCGACGCUUUCAAAGCAGUGCAAGAGUUGAAGGAAACGUCGCCAGACGCAUAUAAUACGUUGGUGAACACUCCUGUUACCUUUCACUACGAUAAUGAUGGCCACCAUCUCGAAUACCAUCACCCAACAAUUUCAAUCCCAUCAAACCCCAACACCCCAGUAGUAGAUCCUCUAACAGUAUACUACGCACCACCAUUCCAAGGCCCGUUACAAAUCCCAGGUGGUUUGGCUGCACAAGCUAAAUUCUUUACGGCGUUUAAGGAAUUUGAGGAUAUACUGCAGCGUCCUGAUAUGGUCUAUGAACGACGCCUGGAUCCGGGUGAUUGUGUUAUAUUUGGGAAUAGGAGGGUGUUGCAUGGACGUACCGAAUUUGAUUCGAUGACUGGGGAGAGACAUUUGAAGGGGGCUUAUGUGGAUUGGGAUGAUUUCAAGGAUCGGACUAGAGUUCUGGAUAAACUGUUUUCAUAG